AAUUUAGAGAUACAGUACAAAGAGAAAGUCGAGAGAAUUCCGAUUACUAAAGUCACGGGUUUCUUCUUCUUCUUCUUCCUCCUCCUAAUAUCUGAUCUAACCACAAACCAGAUUCCAUUCGAUUUCUAGGUUUCAGGUUUGGUGAUCGGAAACAUCAUGCGCCGGGAAGUUGUAUUGCCGUUGUUCCUGCUCUGUUUCUUCGCCAUGGAUCUUGUUCGAACUGCCCAUUCAAUCUGGUUGAACUUGCCUCCAUCUGGGACCAAGUGCGUCUCCGAGGAAAUCCAGACCAACGUUGUUGUUCUUGCCGAUUAUGUCGUCGUCGCCGAUCAUACUCACUCCCCCACCAUUUCUGUCAAGGUGACAUCUCCAUACGGGAACAAUCUUCAUCACUCAGAGAAUGUAACACAUGGCCAGUUUGCGUUUACUACUACGGAGGCUGGUAAUUAUCUAGUAUGUUUCUGGUUGACUGACCACACGCAUCAAGCUGGUAUUGAGAUAAGUGUCAACCUUGAUUGGAGAACUGGGAUUGCAGCCAAGGAUUGGGAAUCAGUUGCAAAAAAGGAGAAGAUUGAGGGUGUUGAACUCGAGCUGAGGAAACUCGAGGGAGCAGUCGAAGCUAUCCAUGAAAAUCUACUCUAUCUCAAGGAAAGAGAAGCAGAUAUGAGGAUGGUCAGUGAGAGAACAAACGCACGAGUUGCGUGGUAUAGCAUCAUGUCCUUGGGUGUCUGCAUUGUUGCUUCUACUUUACAGAUAUGGUACUUGAAGCGAUUUUUUCAGAAGAAAAAACUUAUUUAGAGAGUACUGUUCUUUCAGAAAGAGAAUUUGCUUGUUUAGUUUUAUUUCCUCAUACGAAGUAGAGAAGUUUUGACACGAACUGCAAACCAUGUAGGUUUGUUUAUAAUUUUUAUUCCAGAUUUUGUUUUUCCUCUGUUUCUUUGAAGCUGUGAGAAUUUAGUGAGUUUUGAUUCCUGAGAUUCAAUGUAUGCAUCCUUUAUACGAUCAGGAGUCUUAGAGAAACUGAAGGUCAAGGAGAUAUAGAUCAUAUAAUUUGAUCAAAAUGUGAGCAUAUUCGAAAUAGUUGCAAAUCA